GCGGGGUGUGAGAGCCGAGUAUUCUGAGUCUAGCGUUCACCGUUAGCUAGAACCUUCCUUCUUUCCCACCAUCUCUAAUUUCGGCUCCUGUGACUUGCUUGGAACUUUGGUUCUGGCAACAGCAGCAGCAUUACUUGCUAGUGGCAGCUCUGUGCAGGGGCGCCUACACACCUCGCGUCCUCUUCUGCGAGACCGCGGGCCUGUCGGUGUCAGCUUCCACACGCAGGUCGCCAGGACCAUGUCGCUGGUAAGCCAGAAUUCGCGCCGCCGCCGCGGUGGCAGGGCAAAUGCGCGCAACAGCAGCGGGAAAGGUCUCCCUGCUGCUGUGCCAGGCCCAGACGUCCCUCAGGAUCCAAGCGAUCCUCAGAUCCUCCAGGGCCACUGCGCCUCUAAGGGCCCAGGCACCUCCGGGCUACCCAUCCCCCGGGAGGGCCCAAGCACCUCUGUGCUACCCACCGCCUCAGAGGGCUCAAGCGCCUCCGGGCAGCUCAUCAUCUCUAAGGGCCCGAACACCUCGGAGCUGCCCCCCUCCGGGAAGGAGGGCCCUGGCACCUCCCGGCCUCUUGCAGUCUCCGCGGGGCUGAACACCGCUAUGUCAAUCACCGCUGCGGAGGGCCCGAGCACCUCUGUGUCGCCCACUGCUCCUAAGGGCUCAAAGGCCUCCGAGCAUCUCGAUGUCUCUGAAGGGCUGAACAUCUCCGAGCAGCCCCACUCCGAUGAGGGCCCUGGUGUGCAGCCCACCCUGGUUGAGGGCCUGGGAACCUCGGUGCCGCCCACCUUCUCCGAGGAAUCGGGCAUUUCCGCACCGCUUCCCUCUGACGAGGGCCCGAGCACCUCUGUGUCGCCCACCAUCUCGGAGGGACCGGGCAUCAACAUGCCCUCCCCCGCUUGUGAGGUCCCAAGCACUUCGGUGCCGCCCACUGUCUCUGAUGGACUGGCCAUCAACCUGCCGCCCACCUCUGCUGAGGGCCCGAGCAUCUCCGAGCUGCUCUCGGCUUCGGAGGAUUCCGACAUCUCCGUGUCGCCCCCCUCCGCGGAGGGCCUGAGCAUCUCUAUGCCGCCCCCCUCCGGUGAGGUCCAGAGCACCUGGGUGCCGCCCACCAUCUUGGAGGGAGCUAGAGUCAAAGUGCCGCCCACCUCCAAAAAGGGACUGCGCACCUUGGUGCGGCCCGCUGCCCGCGAGAGCCCGAGCGCCUGCGCUGAGGGCCGGGGCACAUCCCUGCGAUCCAUUUCUGCUGAGCGCUUCAGCAUCUCGGUGGCGUCCUGCGCUGCGGAGGGAUCCGCCACCUGCGGGCUGCUUCCCUGCGACGAGGGCCCUAGCACCUCCGGGCUGCUUCCCUGCGGCGAGGGCCCCAGCACCUCUGGGCUGCACACCCUGGGGAAAGGGCCGUGCACCUCGCAGAGGCCCCUCGCUGCCGAGGGCGCUAGCGCUUCCGGAGUGUCCACUGCGGCUGACAGCCCUGAGGCUGAGCUGAGCUGCGGUGCUUCUGCCGGGGUGAACUUAUGCAAAUACACCUCCCUUGCUCUGGAAAAGGCCUCUGCUCCCUCUGUACGCCCGAAGCGUUCGGAAGGCCCCUUGGAAUUCCAGGUCCUGAGAGACAGUGAGAAUUCCAACUCCAUUACCAUUAUGGGCCUUGGCACCGCCCACGUUGCCCUUACUCUGAAGCCUCAGGAUCCUAUGGAGCAAAACGUAGCAGAAUUGCUGCAGUUUCUGCUGGUGAAGGAUCAGACCAAGUACCCCAUUAAGGAAUCGGAAAUGAGGCAGUUCAUUGUUAAAGAAUACCGCAACCAGUUCCCUGAGAUCCUCAGGCGGGCAGCAGCCCACCUGGAGUGCAUUUUUAGGUUUGAACUGAAGGAGCUAGAUCCCGAGGAGCACACCUACAUCCUGCUCAACAAACUGGGACCUGUGCCCUUUGAAGGGUUGGAAGACAUCCCCAAUGGGCCAAAGAUGGGCCUCCUGAUGAUGAUCCUGGGACAGAUAUUCCUAAAUGGCAACCAAGCCAGGGAAGCUGAUAUUUGGGAGAUGCUCUGGAGGUUUGGGGUGCAGCGUGAAAGAAGGCUUUCGGUUUUUGGCAACCCGAAGAGGCUUCUGUCUGUUGAGUUCGUGUGGCAGCGUUACUUGGACUACAGGCCGAUAACUGACUGUGUACCAGUAGAGUAUGAAUUUUACUGGGGCCCACGAUCCCACCUCGAGACCACCAAGAUGAAAAUCCUGAAGUUCAUGGCAAAGAUCUAUAACAAAGAUCCUAUGGACUGGCCAGCGCAGUACAAUGAAGCUCUGGAAGAAGAUGCUGUCCGAGAUGUUGCUGAUGGGUGGCGCCCUGUUCCUCACUUUAGGAGGCCCUUUUUUGAGGAAGUUUCUCCAGAGCUCCUGGCUCCAGAUUCAGAUGCUCCUGGCUGUCCUGCAAAAUAUUCUCCUCAUUCAUGGCCCGAGUCAAGAUUAGAGAGCAAGUCAAGGAAGUUGGUCCAGUUAUUUCUGCUGAUGGAUUCAACUAAGCUGCCUAUACCAAAGAAAGGAAUUCUGUAUUACAUUGGUCGAGAGUGUAGCAAAGUGUUCCCUGACCUCCUGAAUCGGGCUGCUCGCACCCUAAACCAUGUGUACGGCACAGAGCUAGUGGUCCUUGAUCCCAGGAACCACUCUUACACCCUGUACAACCGAAGAGAAAUGGAAGAUACUGAAGAGAUUAUGGACAGUCCAAACAGGCCCGGCAACAACUUCUUAAUGCAGGUUCUGAGCUUCAUCUUUAUAAUGGGCAACCAUGCGAGGGAGUCUGCAGUCUGGGCCUUUCUGAGGGGCUUGGGAGUUCAAAAUGGAAGAAAGCAUGUGAUCACCUGUAGGUAUUUGAGCCAGCGAUACAUAGACAGUUUGCGGGUUCCUGACAGUGAUCCAGUGCAAUAUGAUUUUGUGUGGGGUCCUAGAGCCCGCUUGGAAACCUCCAAGAUGAAAGCCCUGCGGUAUGUGGCCCGAAUCCACAGGAAGGAGCCACAGGACUGGCCAGAGCAGUACAGGGAGGCCCUGGAAGAUGAGGCCAAUAGAGCUGAAGCCGGACACCGGCCCUUGGUUGUUCGCAACUUGCGAUAGAUGACUGUGUGGAAGUCAGCGAGGCCUUGUGUGGCAGGGCCUAGAGCCCUGGUUCUCAUGUAUUGGGGUUGGGGGGGUUACGUAUUGUAUUUGAUAUUUGUGUUCCAGUUCCAUAUAUGUGUUUUCAUAUUUAGUUCUUGUUUGGUAUCUUGAAGUUUCAAUUGUUUUAAUAAUAUUGUCCAGUGAUAUAAAUGUGAUUGACUACUUGCUGUCUCUGUUGUACUUUGGUAUAAGAGUUUUGAUAGUGUUAUACAACGUUUUGGGACUCUUUCCAUCUUGUUGCAUUGUCAAAAUGAUAAUAUAUAGCAUAUAGCUAUAGAUACAGGCUUUUCCUUGAAAGCUUUAAAAAAAACAUCAUUAAAGUGACCUAGCUUCAGAUGUUAAACAAACAAAUAUACAACAACUGACAAAGCACUAAGUUGUGGCUGGCUUCCCUUUCCAUCUGCUAUUGUGUGAAGAAUACUAAUGUCUACCUGUAUUUGCUUUGCUGUGCUAAAAUGUAUUGAAAAAUAAAGGUGUAAUAAAGCAAACAAUGUUGAUGCAC